UGAAGCAACUCUGUCAAGUCCUCUUAAGCUGAUCAAAUCUACCUAGUUGUGGUAAAUUAAAGAAGAAGGAGAGGAACAAUGGCUUCCUCUUUGGUUUCGUCCGCCGCUGUUAGCUCCGUCCACCGCACCAGCUCCCCGGCUCAGGCGAGCAUGGUGGCACCCUUCACCGGUCUCAAGUCCUUCUCAGCCUUCCCCGUGACCCGCAAGGCCAACGAUAUUACCUCCAUUGCCAGCAACGGUGGAAGAGUCCAGUGCAUGCAGGUGUGGCCACCAACUGGACUGAAGAAGUUUGAGACUCUCUCUUACCUUCCUCCCCUGUCUCCGGAGUCAUUGGCCAAGGAAGUUGACUACCUUCUCCGCAAAAACUGGGUUCCCACCUUGGAAUUCGAGUUGGAGCGCCCGUUCGUCUACCGAGAGCACAACAGCUCCCCAGGGUACUAUGACGGACGCUACUGGACAAUGUGGAAGCUUCCCCUCUUCGGAUGCACUGAUUCUUCCCAAGUUCUCAAGGAGCUCGAGGAGGCCAAGACCGCCUACCCCAACUCCUUCAUCAGGAUCAUCGGAUUCGACAACGUCCGCCAAACACAGUGCAUCAGUUUCAUCGCUUACCAGCCCCCAAGCUAUUAAGUUCUUCAAAAACUACGCCGUCGCAACGGUGCCCAACCGGCUAUAGUUACUUCCCUUCAACAAUUUGAAUUUCAAAUUGACAUGUCGGCAGUUUCUGUUUGCACCAUUCGUUCUGUGGCUCCAAAAAAAAUUUCUUUCUGUAAUUUCUCUCCUUGUAAUUCUCCGUUUACUCUGUGAUAUUUGAAUUCUCUAUCUAAAUAGAGUUUGUGUUCGUCAA